CGCAAAUCCGCUCCCCCUUUAAAUAGACUAGUCGCACAUCCUCUACCUCAUCUCCCUCCCCCUCCCCCCUUCUCUCUCUCUGACGACUCGCUAGCUAGCUCCUCCGGCCCAACGGAAGCUAGCGAUCGCCAUAGCCUCUGCGACUGCCAGCACCCGCACUCGAACAAGAAGAAGAAGAAGAAUCAGAAGCAGAAGCAGAAUUAUUAGAGGCGCAAAGGCUUGCGUGCGGUCUCAAGGAACCACGAAAAGGCCGAGAAGAAAAGAGGAUAAAAGGUAGGUAGUUGAGUAGUAUUUCACGCGUCCAUGGGUUGCGGGCUGUCGACGCCGGACAACGAUGGCGGCGGCGGCGAGGGCGCGCGGAGGAAACAGGGGAGCGUCGGCGAUGUCGUCGUCUUCGUCCCGGGCCUCCGGGCGCCCAUGGGCGUGGACUUGUCCCAGGCGCUCGCGGGGCGCCUGGACAAGAGCGCCGUGGAGAGGCUGUCGGCCCUGAGAGCGCGCGUCGUCGACAUGGCAAUGCAAGAAUCGGCGGUGGCGCUGAAGCCCAGGCGAAAGACCGCCGCACGGCACGGAUCAAGCACUGCUAACCUCCUUCAGGCUCUCGAAGACUACCUGCCAGUUCUGCUAGGAUUGGUGAAAGAAGGUAGUGAGUUGAGGCACAGCGUGCAGUUUGUGUGGACUAACCAAGAGGACAAGGCCGAGGAGACGGCCAUGGCGGAUGCAUGGUACGAGGUGCUGUCCGUGCUGCAUUUGAUGGCCAUGGUCUGCUUGCUGCAGGCCAACUCCCUGCUCCUUCCAAGGGCUUACGGCGACGGUUACGGGCCACGGGUCUCUGAAGAGAGCAGACGUGCAACUGUCGAUGUUUUCUUGAAAGCAUCUGGCUACUUGGACUGCGCAAUUCGACAAGUACUCCCACAGAUACCAUCAGAACUAAGGAGACAACUUCCAGUAGACCUGGCUGAAGGCAACCUCAAAGCUCUUAGCAUGCAAGCUCUGGGUCAGGGUGUUGACAUGCAGCUUGGGCUAGCAAUCGACAGCCCAAAGGCCACACUAGCUGUAAAAAGGCGCUUAGCUUGCGAGAUGGUGAAAUAUUGGCACCAGGUUCAGGAGAGCAUUCCAGAGCUUCCUGUGUCUGAAGGAUGGGGAAAAAAGCAUCUGCUAUUUGUCAAGUGGAAGUACGUCGAAGCAAAGUCUGCAGCAUACUACUUCCAUGGUUUGAUUCUUGACGAAGGAAACAGUGAGAAAUCUCACGGAAUGGCAAUAGCAGCAUUGGAAGCUUCAGAGGAAUUUCUGAAAGAAAGCAAAAGGGCCUCUGCAGCCUUCCAUGCAACUCCUCCAACAUCUAGGAGCCCCACUCCAUUUGGAACAGCCAAGUAUCUGUUUGACAAGAUCCCGAAAGAGGCUUCAAGCAAGGUCCGGAUCAACCAGGAUCUGUAUACUCCAGAAAGGGUCAUUGGAGCACCACCCCCGUUGCCAGAUUUCUCAUUGGCACUAACACCUGAAGACUACGAUCUUCCUCCAUUAGACCCACUUUGGAACAAAGAAGAUGGCCACCAGUAGUGUAUAUUCAGCAUUCAGCAGGAGUGUCUUCUGAUGGGAAGGCUCUGGCGCUACUGAGAAAUCAACGACCAGGAUUCUGCCAUGUGGAGGCCGAACACGGCGCAAACGCAGUGUACAAAGAUAUGAUCCGACAAAAAAUUGAUGUCGCCAAAUUGGAAGCAAAUUUUAGAAAGGCCUGAAGAUAUCUGAAGAGCAUUUUUACAGUUAAAUCUUCUCUGACAAUGGGAACACAUUGUCAAAAGCUUUCCAACAAUUCCUGUAAAAAUUAUAUUUCCAAUGAGUGCCAUGGUUCCUUUUUUCUUA